AUGGAAAACAACUUUGAGGACGUUGCCAAGCAAUUCAUCGAGUUUUACUACAACACGUUUGACUCUGAUCGCAAGUCUCUUUCCAGCCUCUAUCGCGAUAACUCGAUGCUUACUUUCGAGACUGCGUCGUCUCUUGGGGCCACGAGCAUUGCGGAAAAGCUUGUUGGCCUGCCCUUCCAAAAAGUCAAGCACCAGGUUUCGACUUUUAAUGCUCAACCUUCGAACGACAAUGGUGGCAUCAUCAUUCUCGUAACUGGGCAACUCUUGGUCGACGAGGAGCAGCGCCCUAUGAACUACUCCCAGUCAUUCCAGCUUAGCCGCGACGCCGCUGGCCAGUACUACGUUUAUAACGACAUUUUUAGGCUGAUUUUCGGCUAA